AUGUUUACUUUUCUAAUCGCAUCACUUCUUGUUGUCAACGAAGUUUACAUACCAUUAGUGGUGGCGGGUUGUUCUUGUCCGGAUUCACCACAGGAUGCUUCACAAUGGGGAUAUAUUUAUAUUCAAAACGCAGUGGACGACUAUGGAUACGCAUGUGUUAUGAACUGCACAAUACAGGCAUAUUCUGGAGACGACUCGAAAGGUUUGACGUUCUUCAACAUGCAAGUGUUUGAACCGGAAAAUAGAUCCGAUUUAGCUAAAGUGGAAGUGAUCGAUGCAAAAGGUCAGACGAUCAUCAGCGUGAAUGGAGAGACUAGUACAACGGAUCCUAGGUACCGUAUUACAAGUGAAACUGCAAAAGUUUCCAUAAGGAUAACAAUUCUUACUGAUCAACCAGUAACAAUUUUUGCAACAAUGCAACCAGCGGGAGAGUUGGGCACACCCACUCCUAUGCCAACCACUCCAAUGGCGAGCACAACACCAAAAUAUACGGGUGGUUUGUUGCACGAUCCAAGACUGAUAUCGCAUGAUCUUAUGUUUAUGAUCGAUUCCACAACAGGACAAGGUAGAGACGUAUUUGCAACGAUGCAAAACUUAACAAUUUCAAUUGCAAAUCAGUUAACAAUAACAGACUUAGCGAAUUCCACAGGGCAGACACGUCUAGCGUUAAGAAAACUUGACUCCAAUCAGGGAACUAUUUAUGGAAUUGAUUGGAAAUUCACAUUGGACGACUUCGGUGACAAAGUUUUAGAAAUGGACUGGAACGAAGGAAACGUUUCCUUUGUCACAGCAGUGAAGACUGCCAUUUCAACGUCGUUCAACGUAAGUUCGGAUGUAGCGACAAGGAAAAACGCGCAGAGAACAAUAGUCAUCCUAACAGCAGGCAGCCCUUCUGACAUCGACGAUUUUGUGAAGAUGGAAGAGCAAUUCAAGGAGAAUGACGUCAAACUGCUAAUAAUAGGAUACAAUAUUGCUGGAACAAAUUAUGCUAAUUACCCAUGGAUCGCAUACUAUAAGGCUAAGAACGCCAGCGAUGCAACUGUUCAGGAUAUUCUCGGGAAAAAUUUCGUCACUGCUACAUCAUUAUGUCACACGACCACCGAUCCGCAGACGUUUACGCUUACUGAUAACCAAACAAUCCAAGUUGUGGUCCCGGACAAUUAUCAGGGUCCUAAAGAGACAUCUCCAACAUGGCCGCCUGAAAUGAGCUAUCAAAUCGGUCGUUAUUGUAAUUUCCAGGACAACACCUACGCUUUUAAAUCUGAUGGAUACAUUUGUUUCCAUACCUAUUAUGAUUUGGAGGUUGAGAAGGAUUACCUGCGUAUCUACGAAGGAGAGGGCAAAACCAAGAAGGAGGUGGUUAGCUUGACCGGCUAUGAUGUCACAGGAACAGCGUUCAAGGUUGUAGCACCAGCUACCAUACGAUUUCUCUCGGAUUCAAGACAACUGGUCGACGCCGUUCUCUCUCUUUUUUUUUUCGAGCGUCUGAUGAAAGAACUCAGAAAAAACGAAAUGUACCGGCCAUUCUAUGCGCCCGUACGUCUACGACGUGUCGACUCGUACGGUACGAAGAAAGGACAACUCUACGUUGCUAUCAUGACUCUGGGACUUGUAGCAGCGAUCAUUGUAGUGACAAAAGGACUAUAUGGUGGAAUUCCCGGAUUUCCAAGCGGUAAAAGGAUUGUGAAAACGCGGAGAGAUAUGGAAAAAUGUGUUCAGUAUUUCGGUAAGGUGGCAAUAUUUGUGGCUGAAUCGAAAUCAUUUCAGAACAGAUACGAACUGGCACGCCGCUCUAUAGAAUGCUAUGUGAAAGGUACGGAGUAUAAACUGUUCCGAAUAGAUAUGGAUAAUGACAAACGUGUAAAAGAAGUUUGCGCAAAACAUGAAUCGAUAUUCUUCAAGAGACAUUGCGCUGCCUCCGUUUAUCUUCAGGAUACGGAUUGGAUGCUUGUUAUUGACACGGAGACAGGUGUGGUCAAUCCACAACACUGUAUUGAGGAAUGGAUUGAUGACCGCGUGGAUAUGAUUUUUCAUGAGAGAUUCUUCAAUUGGGAAAUUUCAGUAGGAACAUAUUUAGUCCGAAAUACAGAAUUUUCUCGGAACUUUCUUCGAAAAUUGGCUGAAUGGGAAUUCACAAAAGGUCCAAUUUGGACUAGCAAUGAUCAAGGAACAUUCAUGUUACAUCUACAAGCGACACUUAUUCCUAAUGCGGUAUGGGAAUAUGAGACAUGCCAUGACUAUUGGAAAAAAGCAACAAACUAUCAAACAUACACGUCGCUUGUAACCUGCGUUCGCUUUGCUCUUGGAGCCGGGAGGUUUUGGCCAGGAGAAGUGCGGAUCUACCGUAAAGCUCACGCAUGGAUAAGAGAUGCACCAGUCACGCAUGAUCAAUGGUCGGAUCAGGAUUUCAUGUUGCACGGCUGGAAAGACAAUCUAAGUAAUAAAGGUUGCCCAUUUGAAAGCAAUAUAGAUCCCAACCAGUGUGGUGCGAAUUUAAAAGAAUGGCGUUGGAAAAAGCAGAUGAAGGUGGAUUCUCAAGCAAUAAAAAAAGCUUUCGGAGAUGCUGAAGAAUACUAUCAAGCGGAAUUUCCAAAUAAGGGACGAGUGAUACCGUUUCUGGAACGUUCAGAUAUAACAAGAUGUUUUCCCUUAUGUGAAGAAGAAAGGAAAAAGGACUGUCGAAAUUUCAUUGCUGUGCUGACGGUUUCCAUUGUGGUGUCACUCAUAAAUUUAGUAGUUUUCAGACAACUGUUCCUAAACGUGUCCACACCAUUAAACAAUGUAAACAGGUAUUUUGAGUAUCCGAAACGAAAAGAUAUGGGAGACUGCCCACCGCAUUUUGGUAAAGUCAGUGUGUUUGUCGCAUAUUCUGGACAAACUGGACAGCAGAUAUACGCCUUUGCCCAGAAAACGUUGCAAUGCUAUUUAAAAGGCACCAACUACACAUUGUUUCUUGUGGAUCUUGACAGUGACCCAAUAGUACAGGAGAGAUGCAAAGCGCACGGAAAUGUUUUCUACAAAAAACACUGUGCUGCAGCACUCUACCUUCCGAAAACAGACUGGAUGCUUGUGAUCGAUGCUGACACAGGCGUCAUAAACCCCAACCAUUGCAUUGAGGAAUGGAUAGAUGAACGAGUGAGCAUCAUCUUCUACGAACGUUUUUUUAAUUUGGAAUUCGCAGCUGGCAACUACAUAGUCAAAAACACGUUGUUCGGCAACAAUUUCCUGCGUAAGUGGUCAGAAUACGAGUUCAAACAGCCAACAUCGUUCACUGGAUACGAUCAAGGGGGACUCAUGAUACUACUUCUCAAGUUGCUGAUUCCUGAAGCCGUGAGGGAGCAAAAAAUUUGCCAUCGUUAUUGGAAGAAAGCGUCGAACUAUUCAACAUACAUGGCAUUUGUCAUGUGCGUGAGACUAACAUUGGGAGCUACAACUGUAUGGCCCGGAAAAGUCCGUUUUUAUAGAAGAACUAGGGGUUUUACGCGUGAUGGAUGGAUCAGCAAUCAACAAUGGUCGGAUGAGGACUUCAUGUUUCAUGGAUGGAAGGUCAACAAUAACCUCACUUGGGUCACCGUUUUCGAAAGCAAAAUUGACUUGAAUUUAUGCGGAAAGGAUAUUUCUAGUUGGAAAUGGCACCAAGAAAUCAAAAUAACUUCAGCCGAAAUGAGAAGUGAGCUUCUAUACAAGGAAAAAUUCUAUCUCUCGCAAUUUCCACCAGAGGGAAGAGUUAAUCCACUUCUCGAUGGCCUGAGCAUUGUAUGA